AUGCAGGCUGAUACACGUUGCCUCCAGUCGAGAUCCCUUCUCCUGUUGCAGUCUUCCUCACAAUUCACCUCCGGCGACCAAUCCCAGUGCGACGCAACCGUUGCGCAAGCACAGUCAGAUAUCGAAACGACCGACGCGACGACCUCGGCACCGGAGAACGAGAAGUGGCCCUUCUUGUCCACCGUCGUGGCCUGUGGCGCCCCACUGCAGCGGCUCGAGACACGCCAUCGCGUCCCGUCGCGAGCAAGAAGCCAGCAGGAACACGACCAUGGUGGCGCCGUCCUCGCCAACAUGCAAGUAGACCUCGACGAAGACGAGGAAGAUGCUGUGCGAGACGAGCUAGUGCAGCAGGCCGGAGAUGGCCAGCAACAUGAUCGACUAGCGGUGCGGCAGUUGGAGGAAAGAUUCGGAGCGCUGCGCGCCGGCCGGCGGCGACGACACGCGAAUGCCUUUGCGGUGCCGCGGAGCUGGCGUAGCCGUCCCACUUGGGGCCACCGAUAUGGACGGGAACGGGCCGUUGGGGGUGAAGUAAAUACAGAAUCGACAUGA